CGGAUCGGAGCACACAGAAGCGCAAAGGGUCAACGUGGCAGAAGCGUUUGAGGUGCUAAACAUGCCUGGCCUGUUCGUCUACCCUACCUUCCUCCCUCCGCCUGUCCAAGCCGAAGUCCUAAACAAGCUUCUGCACCGUGAUCUUUCUGUUCCAUCCCACCAGACUAAUGUACACCUACACUACGAUAUCUCUUAUUCCCCCGAAUUGAUAUCGCGUGAAGGCGAUGCCUCAUUCUUCGGGCCAUCUGCUUCUGAUCUGAAUCACAAUUCGAAGACAACUCCUUCAAGCAUCUCAACCGCGCAGCUUCUGAACAAGAAACUUCGCUGGAUCACCUUGGGUGGACAAUACGACUGGUCGAACAAGGUCUACCCGCCAGGCGCACCGCCUUCCUUUCCAGCCGACAUCAAAAAGCUAGUGGAGGACGCAUUCCCGAUGAAAGCCGAAGCAGCGAUUGUUAACAUCUACAGUCCGGGAGACACCUUGAGCGUCCAUCGUGAUGUUUCCGAGGCGUGCGCGCAGCCACUUGUGUCGAUCAGCCUAGGAUGUGAUGCCAUAUUCUUCGUCGCGGUCGAAGAGGUUACUGCCACAACCUCCCCACCGUGCGCAGAUGGACAGGCCCAACCAAUAUCUGCUGAGUACCAGAGCCAUACAGCAGCCAUCAGACUACGCUCUGGUGAUGCUGUGCUCAUGAGUGGGACAAGCAGAUACGCCUGGCAUGGCGUGCCGAAGGUGCUUGCAGACACUUGUCCAGAGUGUUUGCGGGACUGGCCCGCUAUCGGCAGCGAAGCGGAGAACGAGACAUAUGCAGCAUUCAGGGGCUGGUUGAAGGGCAAGCGCGUUAACUUGAACGUCAGACAAAUUUUCGCCUCGGACUGAUCGACUGAACGGGUGAAAACGUCUACACAAAGCGGCCUUCUGCGAUGGUGACCGAGCUUCCAGAGCCUUGCAUUGGCCACUUGGAAGGCAGCCAGAUGCUCAAUGCACCUCUGGUGGUUACAAGGCUGCUAGUUGGGUGGAGGGGGUGGUUGUUAGCCAGCAAAGAGG